AUGUGCAGCGCAAUAAGUCGCGUAUAUGGAAACAAAAAAAAAAAAAAAAAAAAAAAAAAUGCAACAGCGCUCGAAGAACAAUGGAUCAAGGGAGGAACAAGAAUGGAACAAAGGAUGGAGAACAAGCGUGUAACAAAAGAAAAGGCAAAAAAGGAGGAGCCCACACCUCAAUGGAAAAUUUGUGGAACAGGAAAAAAUCAAGAGAGAUGGAACUCUGACGAAAAAAAAGGAACGAAAAAAAGCAAAGGAAGAAGGUAUGCAAACACGAAAAAAAAAAAAAAAAAAAAGGGGGAAUCCAAACCACGAAGAGGAGAAGGACGAAGAGACGCACGACGAGAAAACGUAUGA